AUGCCGCAGAUUAGCGACAUUUGGCUGCCAUGCCUCAUCCUCCUCGUGUUUUGGGCGCGCCCCACUGCAGCUUUCGGUGCUGGCAACAUUGCGAGCUUGAGCGCCAUUGAAGGACAGAACUGGCGCCAUGGAGAUAUCGAAGAUACCCUACUUACCCUACUCAUCAGCGGCCAGACUGGCAAGAAGUUCAGCAAGAUGGAUGUCAAGCGCGUCUACUUUGGCAACUGGCUACGCGACUACUCACAGGCUGUUGAUGUCGGCACUGUCAAGAUGGUCUCUGCAGAGGCUAUCCGCAUCCUACUCUGGGUGCUCGGCUUCAUGAGCUUCGGCUACGGAACAAAGGAGUUUGAGGUUACUCGCGACCGCCUUGGGUGCUACAGGCCCGAGGAGCACAUUGACAACCCCAAGGACUACGCUGAUAACCUCGACGCCCGCGACUACGACCGCCGCCUUCGAGGCCCUGUUGACGAGAGGCGCGAGCUCAGCGUCGACGAGCGAACCGGCCUGAAGAACUACAUCGCCUCAGAAGACUUGGGCAUCACAACAUCGGCUGGCAUGGUCCGAGACCUACUCAGGCGUUGCAUUGAUCUUGGACGUCGCUCAGGAGGACGUGGUCCCGACUUCUACGAGGCCUUGAGACUGCUUGGUACCGCAACCCAUUGUCUAGAGGACUACUCUGCCCACUCCAAUUACGUUGAGCUUGCCUUGAUUGAACUCGAGGAAGAGAACCGAGACAUAUUCCCUCACGUCGGCCGAAACGCCCUGUUUGAAGUUCGUGCCGCCGGGAAGCAGGUAUAUCCCAUUAUAACAGGUACAUUCGGUGGUGUCGACUUUUUGCACUCGGUAUGCGGAGAGAUUACCGACAAGGCUACACAGUCCGAGCUGCAGGAACUCGAAGGCGCAAUUGCCAAUGCUGAAAGGAGCGAAAACAAGAGCAAGAUCCAGGAGCUUCUCGCUAAGCUUCCAGAUGGCAUCUUUGGCGGCAAAGACGAAUCUGGCAAGGCUGACGAGCUCGCGGACAACGCCAACGCUGCUGCCAUGGGAAAUAUCCAAAUCACCCCCAAAGAGCCCGAAGCCUUUACAGAGCAGAUUGGAGAGCUCGUCAAACAAAUCUACCCCAUUAUGGAGUUCCACGACGAGAUCAUGCAAUCCAUCGCUGAGUUCAUCGAGAAGAUUCCAAUUCUACCAGACCUGAUUGAAGAGAUUCAAAGCCAAGUCACCGUCUUCGUCUUCAGUCUCCUUGCGCCCUAUAUCUUGCCUAUUCUUAGCCAAGUCAAGGCUGAGCUCGAGACUGGAUCCAGCGAGGUCAUUGCAAGCUCUCGCGAGAAGCAGCACAUUGUCUUCAACGACGACUACUCAACCGAUCCAACCCACAGCAUGCUUUCCAAGGAUCACUUCUCCAAUGUGCUCAACGAACCUGCAGGCCGAGUAGCGUCUGCCGUGCUGAGUUGGGCUGUUCCGCAAGUCGUUCAGUGCUGGGAUGGUGAGGCCGACCCCGAGGAAACUAUUGACCGCAUCAUCAAGGGCGUAUUUCACCAUCCUGCUGUUGCUAUGGCAGAGAAGAGACAUGGUGGAGGAAGGGACCGCGGGGCUGGACAAUGCCAUCAGAUCAUGCUCGACACAGUUGGGAAAUGGUGGGACUCCAAAGACAACAGAGCCAAGCGUGAGUUCCGUGAUCAACUCAGUCGGGAUGGCGUACAAAACCUCCGUAACCACAAGGAGAAUGUCCACGACAAGGGCCAUGGAUGUGGUAAACCUCUGGGUAUGGCGAACAACUUCGGUUCUUCCGGCGGACAAGGUGGUGCCAACCCACAGAUCCAGCAAGCCACUGAUCGUGUGGGCAAGCUUGCAGGCGAAGCCGUCGGCGGUGGCGCCCUAGGCGGGCUUGUCGGUGGCCUUGUUGGAGGCGUCGGUGCCUCACUGCUUGGUGAUGCAUUUGGCGGCAACGAAAAGAAGGGUCGCAAGGAAGAGAGCUACGGCCAAGACGGCUCUUACACUCAGUCAUACUCUGAAACUGGUCAUCACCAGGCAUCUUCCUAUGGUGACAGUGAUCGCUACGGCCGCGCCGAGUAUGAGCAAACACAAUACCCAAGUGGCGGACGUCGCGAGGAAUACUCUCGCCAGGAGCGAGAUGAGCGUGGUGGAUCCUACAGCUACGAGCAGAAAGUCGAGACCAGCAGCUAUAGUGGAUCCGGUGGAUAUGAGCGACGGGAGGAGCGUCGUGUCCAGCACGGCAAUGAAUGGCGCUCCGAGGAGAAGCGUGAAGGCUUCGAUAGGUCGGGAGAAUACUACUCUGAGGAGAAGGAACGACGUGGUAAGUCCAAGAAACACUCCGACGACGACGAUGAUUCGAACAAUUCGGGCGGUGAAGACUCAUACGAGAAGCGAAUGAAGAAGGAACGCAAGAAGCGUGAGAAGGAGGAGAAGAAGCGUAACAAACACAAGAAUCAUGGCAGUGGUGAUGAAGACUCGGAUGAUGCUGACAAGCGUCGCUCAGGGUCGGGUGAACACAGGCGUCGCUCUCGCUCGCGUGAGCAAGAGCACCGUCGCAAGAAGAGCAGCAGCCGCUCGCCCAAGCGUCAUUCCGGAGGCCACUCGGGAGGCUAUGGCCAAGAACAGCGCUACGGCGAGGAGUCGGGUUACGGCCGUCGUCAGGAAGAAUCAAGCUACGGCCGUGAAGAACCAUCCAGGUACGGACGUCAGGAAUACGGCGGUGAAACCGGGGGCUACGGCCGUCAGCAGCCGCAGUAUGGUGCUGACUCUUAUAGCACUGGCGGAUACGGUCGUCAAGAGGAAUCUGGAUAUGGCCGUCGCCAGGAGGAGUCGAGCUACGGCCGUCAAGACUCUGGUGGAUAUGGUCGUUCAGAGGGUCUGGAAUACGGUGGUGAGCGACCUGAUCAGGCUUAUGGUGCCUCUGGUGUUCCUGGUGGUUUCGGUGAAGAGGCUCAGAACUAUGGUCGCCGCCGCGAUGAUGAAGAUGAAUAUGGUCAGAGGAGACAAGAACACGGUUCUGGUGGCUAUGGUGGCUCAGGCGGAUAUGGUGAGGAGGGGUAUGGAAGGCGGUACUAG